GUUAGUUGCAAAGUAUCACAGUUCAUCUACCUGUACCUGAUGGGCUGCAACUACUUUUGGAUGCUGUGUGAAGGCAUUUACUUGCAUACUCUCAUUGUGGUGGCUGUUUUUGCUGAGAAACAACACUUGAUGUGGUAUUAUCUUCUUGGUUGGGGUUUUCCACUAAUCCCUGCCUGCAUACAUGCCGUUGCUAGAAGUUUAUAUUAUAAUGACAAUUGUUGGAUCAGCUCUGAUACUCACCUGCUGUACAUCAUCCAUGGCCCUAUAUGUGCUGCUCUGCUGGUGAAUCUUUUCUUCCUGCUAAAUAUCGUUCGUGUUCUUAUAACCAAGCUGAAGGACACCCACAAGGCAGAAUCCAACCUGUACAUGAAAGCAGUGAGAGCAACCCUGAUUCUUGUUCCGCUGCUUGGCAUUGAAUUUGUGCUGUUUCCAUGGCGACCGGAAGGCCGGAUUGCUGAGGAAGUCUAUGACUACGUGAUGCACAUCCUCAUGCACUACCAGGGUCUACUGGUGGCUACAAUUUUCUGCUUCUUUAAUGGAGAGGUCCAAGCUGUUUUGCGCAGACACUGGAAUCAAUACAAAAUCCAAUUUGAGCACAGCUUCAGCCACUCGGAUGCAAUGCGCACUGCUUCCUACACCGUAUCGUCAGUCAGCGAUGUUCAGGGCUACAGCUACAGUCAUGACUGCGCCAGUGAACAUUUAAAUGGGAAAGGCUACCACGACAUGGACAGCGUUGUUUUAAAAACUGACAAGCUGUAUGGUUGAUUGCCAAGGCUCGGCCUGUGCCAGCGUGCUUACACUCAUCGCUCAUGAACUCCAA